AUGGCGCCCCAGGGAGUAGAAGGCUUCCUCGAAUCUCUCAAAGAACCUGUGCUUAGAUACCACAACAGUGAUGCGCUCUCGGACGUUAUCGUUACUUGCGACGGCCAAGAGUUCAAGGCUCACCGGGUCAUCUUGUCUGCCCAUUCAAAGUGCUUCGCCAAGGCGCUGAAUGGCGACUGGAAGGAGAGUUCCGAGAGAAGGAUCGACAUCAAAGAUUUCGACCCAAGUAUCGUUGAGGCAAUGCUACGAUUCGUUUAUUCGUUCGAGUACACCAACACAUACGUUACUUCCUCUAUGGUGUUUGAUGCCCAGAUGUGGCAGAUUGCCGACAAGUACGACAUUCCUGCCCUUAUGGCAGAGUCAAAGAAGAAAUUCGAAAUCGCUGUGGCCACUGGAUGGAGUAUGGAUGACUUUCCAACGGCUGUUGCUAUUGUCUACGAAUCGGCUCUCCCAGGACUUCGUGAUAUUGCAGUGGUGGCUGCUAGCAAGAACAUUGAAAAGUUGUUGGAUAAAGAUGGGUUUUCUGAACUCAUGAGAACGACGCCGCAUUUUACAGCGGAUCUUAUCCCGUUUCUUGUGGCAGACCGCUGGGAUCUAUGA